AUGUCUGUUGAAGUGGUGGUCGUGAAUCCAGCCUCCAAGAUGGAGAAGGACGAGGAGGAGCUCUCUGAAGAGCAGAUCCAGAGUCUCUUGCUCGAAGCUGAAAAAAGGUUGAAGAAGGCGUCUGGCAGCUCUAGCAAGCAGGACGGUGAUGACGGAGCCGUCUCCCUCGCUACAGGACAGGAGGUCGGCGGCUCUGCCUCGCGGCCAAAAGUCCCGAGUUUAAACCAUAAGCAAGCAGUUCAGCCGUAUGUGCGGCAGUCCAAUAGCAUUGCUACUAUCGACAAAUCCAGACUGGUCCCGGAGUCGGCAAAGAAGCUUGCUGAGACCAUUCACACAGUGGAACAACCGCUUGUCAAGAACAAGGAAAAACCAACUUCUGGGCCGAAGUGGUUCAAUCUACCCAAGACCGUAGUUACUCCCGAAUUAAAGCGGGAUCUUCAGAUUCUCCGCAUGAGAUCCGUACUAGAUCCUCACCGCCACUACAAGAAGGAGAAUGGCAAGGCCAAGAUACCAGAGUAUUCCCAGGUUGGUACAAUAAUUGAAGGACCCACCGAAUUCUUCAGCGCCCGUAUCACAAAGAAAGAGCGCAAGAACAAUUUUGCAGAAGAAAUAAUGGCUGCUGAGAAAGAGAGCGGCCGCUUCAAGCGCAAGUAUGCUGAAAUUCAGGAAGCCAAGGCCAGCGGGAAGAAGGCAUAUUACAAGAAAUUAAAGGCAAAGCGUGCCAGGCCAAUGAAAUGA